AUGCCGUAUUGCGCUCCAAACAAUAAGAUUGCAAGAAGAGCAAUCGCUUCACCCACCCCAGUUGCCAGUCGUCCAGCCGCAUCUGCCACUCCAGCCUCUCCCAACGACCAAGCUCCUAUCGUCCUCUUUCCUGGAGAAAAUCCGAGCGAUUUAAGAGGCGCUCCCUUCACCACACUGCCACCUUCGGCAAUCCCUACCCCGGUCCCCAGCGUUGCUUCACGUCCAGCCAGCCAGGUUGCUCCCCCCAGUGCUGUUCCGACUUCAUUCGCCAACCUCGGAACCUCUCGCAUUCCCCAGUCGACCGCUUCAGUUCCUUCUCCUUCUUCCACCCAGGCGCCUGAAUCGUCUGAACCCCAAAGUAGCUCCUCCACAACAGUGGCCAUCGUAGUUUCCAUAAUAGGCGUGAUUGUCAUUGGUCUGAUUGGGUACGCAGUCUAUCGAUUUCACCUGCGAAAAAAGCUACGGACGAAGGACGAAGAAGUCAAGCUCCGUCCGUUGAUCACAGCCAAGGCUAUUUCUCGCCCCAUCCUGACUGCCCCCGAUAAACCGCUUCUACCUAGUCAUCCCAGCUUCCGACGCUCAAGAGAAUCCUUUGGCAAUCAUCCCAACGGAUAUCCACCCGCACUCUCUCUCACCAAAGACAAAGCUUCUCGAUCUACCCACAAAGGUUCUCCCAGAAAGACGCGUGAUUUCUAUACUUAUGAGACCACAGAUAUAUUAGAUUCAUACGGCUCUGAGACAAGUUACCCCAGUACUUACGCUCCGGAAGUUGAUUAUGACUUCCCUGUCUUCAAGCCUUCUCCUGCCCAGGUGCCCAGGAUUCAUAACGCGCAGGAUGUGUUUCCGACUACACCGACAGAAGAUGACCAAUCAAAGGCCAAAUCUUCCCCUGUAGGAAUGGCCAAGGAAUAA